UUCGAUGUCGGAAGGGAUUUAUUAAUGAAACUGUUGUGGAGCAAAAAUGACGCCAUAGUCAGAGAGGCUGUAUUAGUAAUAAAAAGACUUCUCCAAUUAAGACCACAUGACAAUGUAGAAAUGAUAACGCAACUCGCAAAGGUCCUCGAUCAAAUAAUCGUUCCCAUGGCCCGCGCUUCCAUCUGGAAAAAACUCGAGUUAGUUGCACCAAACAUCCUUCGCAAAGCUGCUAAGGAGUUUUCUAACUCGGAUGAUGUUAUCAAAUUACAAGAAGAACCAGCCCGUUUUGGGAAAGACCACCGCACACUCUCAGAUGAUUCCUUGGUAGUUGCGGACGUCAAAAACAUCCAUAUAUUCCAAGACGCACCAUUCGGAGUACAGAUCAAUACCAUGGUUAGGAUAAAACGACGAGAGAUUGUAAGAAGAGAUCAUCCUGGAACAGAUCAAAUGACGAUGGCUGGAUCUUUGCUGGGUUGUGUUUGUGUGGUGAGUGGUCAUGGGCGAAAAUGUGAGGAGGGCUGUGUGAACUCUGAAUGGCAGCAUCGGAAUGAUAACACCAAUAUCGGAGAAGUUGUGUGCACAAAUGGACCGGAGGAUUUUCUUGGAUUCACGAGCGUAAACGCGAAUGUCUACAAUGCACACUAUUCCGUCCAGACCAACGUUCCGAGGUUGAAUAGCAAACUGAUAUGUGAAACCGAAGAGACCACGGAGGAAUAG